ACUGCGCCUGCGCUGGAGCCCGCCCAUCGGGUCAGCACUGCGCCUGCGCUGGAGCCCGCGCAUCGGGUCAGCCCUGCGCCUGCGCUGGAGCCCGCCCAUCGGGUCAGCCCUGCACCUGCGCCUCCUCCGGGACUCCAGGUCCCCUCGCCGCCCGGCGUGGAACACACGUGUCCCCGCGGCUGUCCCCGCGGCCUCUCUCGGCUCCUCCUCUGCUUCAUGCUCCCGCCUGGACCUUGCCGUUACCGAGAUCGGUUCCCGCGGUUGGCCUGCCGCUGCCUCCCCCCAGCGCGUGGGCUCACCCAGGGCAGGUGUCCCGGCCCAGUCCGGGCGCCCCGAGCCUGGCGUCCAGAUGCAUCCUGCAGCCCCGUUUCCAAGGAUAUUUGGAGGAAAACGACACAGGCUGAGCGAAUGGCGCUGCGGCAAGCGGAGCUGCCUCCGCGAUACAGGUGCUCCACCUGCCGAAGCAGCUCAGGCCAAGUGAGGAGCAGGGACAGCCCAGCUUCAAGCACGAGGAAGCGUGGCCAGUGCCCCCCUACCCAGCAGGGCCUCUUCCCAGGACCGGCCAUCGGGCUGUGCGGCCCGGCCCUGUGUCACCUGCAGCCCCACCGCAGGCCGAGCCCCCCUCCCCGGCCCUCCCGAGUGUCCACCGCAGCCGGCCACUGUCCCCUCCCCAUGUCGCCUGAGCCUGGCGUGGGCAGUCCCGACUCUCCCACUCCCACCAUCGUGAGGACCUCAGGAGAGCUGCCGCAGGAGCCAGGGUGGUGCUACCGUGGGAGCGGGGAACAGCCUGGACCCGCUUCCCACCUCCCCCUGCAGGAGCCCACUCCCCGCCCGGUGCUGCCCCAGAACCUGGCCUGCUGCUCCCUGGACACCCAUUACUCAGGACGGAGAACCAACUGGGAAGAAGGUCCCUCCCGUUUGGCCCUGGGCGGGGCCUCCCUGCCUCCAUCCCCAGGCCCGGUGCCCAGGGGAGGGCCCAGCAGGUGCCCACCCUCCCCGUUCAUUCCUUGCGCUGAAUAAAACAUUACUCACAGA